GGGCAUAUCCCAUAUCCGCAUGAAGGGCAACAGCGCGAACGAAAUUGUUGCAGUUGCAAGUCCAAGCACAACCACCAAACACAGCACAAUACGCAUGCGUAAACGUGAGCCCGCAACAAGUGAAAUGGAGGGCACAAAUGAAAAUAUCGCAGCCGUGGUUAGGUCGGGAGAGUGUUUUCUGGGCAUUAGGCAGACGCUGAGGACUCUGCAUCGUGGAAGGGCCAAGCUGGUUAUCAUCGCCAGCAACAUAUCCACAGCAAUGCGCAUUAAGCUGGAACAGAGCGCCGCAAUUGCCAUGGUCGAGAUCCAGUAUUAUGCUGGGACCAACAAAGAGUUGGGCAUCGCCUGUGGCAAAUCAUUUCGUGUGAGCUCCAUGUCCAUUACCGAUGCUGGUGAUUCGGAUAUCCUUGGUCCCUCAUCGGCUGACAAUUGAAAUGCAAAACUAAACUAUAGUUACUCAUAAAUUUAAAUUUA